AUGGCAUACGCCGUGCACAGCCUGAUUACCGAGACUCAAGACAUCACGGAUAAGGGCCUUCACGAUGUGCGAGCACCUGUCCAAGUUCCCUCCCAAGCCGCCGACAAGUCUCCUCCAUCGACACGCAAGGUCCGUAGCAAGUAUCGACAUGUGGCAGCUCCGCACUCCAAAGCGCAGCCGUCCUGCCUCAGCCACGAGACGACGGCAAGCCCCAGCUUCCUCGGAUUCCGCAACCUCAUGGUCCUGACCAUCAUCGUCAUGAACCUGCGGCUGGUCGUAGAGAACGCCAGAAAGUAUGGACUGUUGAUCACGCUUAAGUCGAACCUCAGCAGCCGAGACGUCAAAACGGCACUGGUCCUCUACGCCUGCACGCCAUGUCACCUCUUCAUCGCUUACGUUAUCGAGAGAGUCGCUAUGGAGCAUGCCAAAGGAGUGAUUGGGAGACGAAAGAAGACCGACCCAGAUGCCGACAAAAAGCCCGAGACGGAGAAGCAAACGAAAGAGUUCCUGAACACAUGGUGGUUGAUUGCUAUUGCACAUACUCUGAACGCGACGCUGGCUCUCUCCAUCUCGAGCUGGUGGGUCUACUAUCGCAUUCACAAUCCCGGUCUGGGGGCAAUUAGCGAACUUCACGCCAUCGUUGUCUGGCUCAAGACUUGUUCCUAUGCGUUCACGAACAGGGACCUACGACACGCCAUGUUAAACCCUGGAGGCCCCGAGUCGGCCCUGCCUGAGUUCUACUCCAGCUGCCCGUACCCAAAGAACAUUACUCUCCCAAAUUUAUGCUACUUCUGGUGGGCACCUACACUGAUCUACCAGCCCUGCUACCCCCGAACAGACCGGAUCAGAUGGACCUUUGUCUUCAAGCGAGUUGGAGAAAUCGUUGCUCUGAGCGUCUUCAUCUGGCUUGUCUGCGCUCAGUAUGCAGUUCCACUCUUGCGCAACUCGUUAGGCGGGAUGGCCUCGUUUAAUAUAUCCUCGAUCGCGGAACGGGUGAUGAAACUGUCACCCAUAGCCAUGAUUGUUUGGCUUGCUGGGUUCUUUGCCUUGUUUCAUUCAUUCCUCAACGCCCUGGCGGAGAUCAUGAUGUUUGGUGACCGGGUCUUCUAUGAAGAUUGGUGGAAUAGUAUCAACCUGAAGGAGUACUGGUCGACCUGGAACAAGCCCGUCUAUCACUUCAUGCGAAGACACAUCUACUCGCCGCUCGUGGGUCGGGGUUGGUCUCAUCAGGCAGCGAGUACUUGGGUGUUUGUCUUCUCGGGGUUUCUCCAUGAACUGGCCAUCGGAGUACCAUCUCACAACAUCCUUGGAGUGGCGUUUCUGGGAAUGGUCCUGCAGCUACCGCUGAUUGCAGUCACCGAAGUCCUGUCCAAGUCUGCGAAAUUCGGCGGUAAAGUGGCUGGCAAUUGUAUCUUCUGGCUCAGUUUCGUGAUCGUGGGCCAACCUCUUGCUGCAAUGAUAUACUUCUUCUGGUGGCAGAUGAAGUACGGCGAGCUUAGCAAGGUCGCGCUGUGA